AUGUCUUUCCCCCAACUGGGCUACCAGUACAUCAGGCCGAUUUACCCGGCGGAGCGCCCGGGGAGCGCAGGCUCCCGCGGCGGCGCCGAGCUGGCCCCGUCCGGGACACUCUCCAACGUGCUCUCCUCCAUGUACGGCGCACCCUACGCCGCCGCCGCCGCCGCCCAGGGCUACGGAGCCUUCCUGCCCUACGCCGCCGAACUGCCCAUCUUCCCCCAACUGGGCGCCCAGUACGAGCUGAAGGAGAGCCCGGGGGUACAGCACGCCGCCUUUCCCCACCACCACCCCGCCUUCUACCCCUACGGGCAGUACCAGUUCGGGGACCCAUCGCGGCCCAAGAACGCCACUCGGGAGAGCACCAGCACCCUCAAGGCCUGGCUCAACGAGCACCGGAAAAACCCCUACCCCACCAAGGGCGAGAAGAUCAUGCUGGCCAUCAUCACCAAAAUGACCCUCACCCAGGUCUCCACCUGGUUCGCCAACGCGCGGCGGCGCCUCAAAAAGGAGAACAAAAUGACCUGGGCCCCCCGCAGCAGGACGGACGAGGAGGGCAACUCCUACGGGAGCGACCACGAGGGGGAAGAGGACAAGAGGGAGGACGAGGAGGAGAUCGACCUGGAGAACAUUGACACUGAGAAUAUCGAGAGCAACAAGGACGAGCUGGAGGACGAGCUGCAGGACACCGACCUCCUGAACUCCGACUCCAAGACGGACUCGGAGGGCUCCGAGGGCUUCGAGGACCUCCCCGGCUCCGAGGAGCGCUACCUCAAGGCCGCCGAGAGCGAGCCACACCACCUCCGCCACCACCACCUCCACCACCACCACCACCACCACCACAAGUGCGAGCUCCCCGCCGCCGCCCCUGCCGGCCUGGAGCCCCUCAAGCCGCCCCUCCAGCCACCACCGCACCACCUCUCGCCUCCCUCCUCCGCCUCCUCCUCUGCCGCUUCCUCCCCGACGGACGGUGCUUUGGCCGGCACCCUGCCGAAGCCCAAGAUCUGGUCGUUGGCUGAGACGGCCACCAGCCCGGACAACCCCCGCAAAUCUCCCGGCGGCGGCUCCCCGCCAGCGGCCGCUCCCCAGCAGCUGCCGCUUCCCCCCCCGCCACCCCACAGACUCGUCUCCUCCUGCCCCCUGGGCAAGUUCCCCAACUGGACCAACCGCGCCUUCCCGGCCCACCACCAUCACCACCCGGCCCCGCACCCGCUGGCCUUACUGAACACUCCCCACCUGCUGGGACUGGGGGCCGGCGCCGCCGCCCCCUCCGCCGCCGCCGCUUUCCCGCGGCCCGCGGACCAAGCGCAGAGCGCGGAGCCCGCCGGAGCAGAUCGAUCUAGUGCCUUGGAAGUAGAGAAAAAGUUAAUAAAGACAGCUUUCCAGCCAGUGCAGAGGCGGCCCCAGAACCAGCUUGAUGCCGCUAUGGUUCUAUCGGCGUUGUCAUCAUCAUAG